GCGGCCGCGGGCACGACCGAAUCGUCGUCGCCGCAUCCGGUUCGGUCUCAGGAGGUCGAGCGCGCAUCGGUCGUCGGCGCGCAGACGCGUCCGCACGCGCGUAUCCUCGCAGCUCGCCCCGCCGUCGCGUCGAGCGGACGCCCGGAUCUCGGCCAGAUAUUUCCGCGCGGACGAUGACGACGACGGCGCCGACGCGCGGAACCGCGCUGCGCCCGAGCGCGUCGCGCGCGCGCGGCGCGCGCGCCCAGCGCGCGGCGUCGACGCCCGCGCGGAUCGCGUCGUACCCCGGUCGCGCCGCGCGGUCGUCCGUUCGAUGCCGCGCGUGGAAGCUGCCGUCGUUCUUCGGGAAGAAGGACGCGUCCUCCGAACCGUCGGAGUCGCCCUCCGACGCGAGAUCGUCGCUCGAGUCGACGUCCCCGUCGUCGUCCGUGGACACGAUCAACGCCCUGAAUGCGCUGCUCGGAAACAGCGAUGAGGAGGAGGAGAUGAGGAGAGAGGAAGAGGCGGACCGCGCGCGCGCGGAGGUCCAGGCCGCGGCGGAGCGCGCGAAAGCCGAGCGCGCCGUCCGCGCCAAGGCGUUCAAAAGCGAAGCCGCGGAGGCGCUUCGUCUCCAGCAGCUCCAGAUGAUCUUCCUCGACAUCCCGAUCUUCCCCGCGCCCGGGCGCGCGCUGCUCACGAACUCGGCGGAGAAGGAUCCCGCGGUCGUGGAGAUCUCGUCCCUCCCGGAGACGACGUGGAUCGAGGGCGCGCUCCCGAAGGGCGCCGACGCCGACGCGGAGACGGAGGACGAAGACGACGGGAAGCCGCGGUAUCUCGAGCCGCCGAUGCCGUCCGAGCGGCUCCCCGGGGAGUUCUCCAUCCCGGUCAUCCCGUACCCGAUGGCGUGCGUCCCCGGGUCGAGAGUGCGCUUGAACCUGUUCGAGCCUCGGUGGUUGACGCUCUUCUCGAAGCUCAUCCACGGGAAAGACGAAACCGGGUUGGUCCUCGAGAGCUGGCGCGGAGACGCGCGAAUCGAUCUGAGCCGGAACGAGUCGUGCAAGUCGUACGAAGCCAAGGACGACGACCUGUACGAGAUCAUCCCCGGGUACGGCCGCAUGCCGGAGACAGACUUCGCGGCGCGCGGGACGUACGGCGCGUUGUACCGACGCCCGGAUGGCAAACUCGCGAGCGUCGGCACCGCGAUGGUCGUCAGCGCGCACGACGUCGUCGUGAACGGGCAGGUUUUGAGCAUCUACGCCAAGGGCAUGUCGAGGUUUAAGGUGCUGCGCGUGCGACAGGUGAACCCGUACAUGGUCGUCGACGCGGUGCCGAUCGAGGACGACGGAGACGGAGCCGGAGACGUCCUCCCCGCCGCGGCGGAGGGCGCGGGCGAGGCUAAGAAUAACGUCGUCGGAGCGACCCUCAAGGAGGAGCCCGUCUCGGUGUCAGACGAGGCCGAGUUCGGGACCGCGACCGCGUCGUCCGCGGCGUUAGCGACCGCGCUCGAGCGCGUGAUGGCGGCGGACUCGUACUACAGCGACGCGAUCGGUCUCGGCGAGGCGUGGAGCGAGACAAACUUGCGGAAGAAGGUGACGGCGAUGAACGACUUCGCCGUCGCCGACGCGAUGCUGUACGGCAAGCCAGACGUCGCGCUCAGGUUACUCGCGAGCACGAGCGCGAGCGAGCGCGCGGGCGCGGUCAUGGGCGUCGUCCGAGGGAUGGAAGCCGCCGUCGCCGCGGGGGUAACGCCCAGGACGGCGCGGUUAGGGAGGACCGCGCUGUCGUUCGCGGGGAUCUUCGCCCUCGGGUUCGGCCUCGCCGCGUUCCGCGACGCCAUCGACGCCUACUACUUCUUGCACAACGGCGGCGGCGUCGACAUGUUUUGAUUUUUUGAGCUCGCGCACCUGUAUUUGUAUGAUCUAAAAUGAGACGUGUAACACACUAAAUUGCUAA